AAUACAUGUGAUGAUGAAACAGUGUACUGUACUGUAACUCAGUAUGGAUGCAAUGCUGAGUUUGGUUACCUGCCUUUUUAAAAAUUAAAGAGGAGGGCAUGUAAAACUGCUGAAAGUGGGUCAUAAUGAAUAUGAAAUUUGGUGCGAGAAAGAGAAGGAUAAGGAGAGAGAGUGAAAGAGCGGGGGGAGAUUUGAAAUAAUUAAGAAUGGGAAAUAAGAGAAGCAUUCAGAUGUUUUAAAUGAAUAUGUGAAGCUGUAGGUACUCCAGUGUUAAAUAUACUACGGGUGCGUCUCAAUCAGCUCUCUAGCUCCCUAAGUCGUGAAUCAGUAUAUUGCGUACACGGGUACACGGAUUCAGGCACUGGUAAGGACCCUGGCUCACUACACAUUGGGACACGGAUGAUUCACUUUCUGGUGACGUGACUAUGUACUCGGGUUGUAAAACAUCACCACUGGCAUUUAUCAUCAACAGCCAGGACCGAUACGGUACUUCAAGCAGGAUCGUAGGCUAGCUAGUGGAUUUUUUAAAAAUCGUUAAACACUUAAAAGUCGUUAGACUCAAACAAACCAUAUACAGAACGUCAAAUAAAGUUAAAACAUUAAACUAAACAUUAAACAUAAACACUAACAUAAGUAAUCAUUUGAGAGCUACAACAACGAUAACAAGCUACUGCAUUUGUAGACCAAGUUGGCUGAGAGUUUGUCUGCCGUUUUUUUUUUUUUAGUUGAGAGGCUUCAGAAAAUAUGACGUCAUUUCCAAUAAGGGAACAUCAAUGGUCCUUGGUUUUUGUGGUGCAUUGUGGGAUUGUUUAGGGAGCGAACGUUUCAGUGCACUGGAAGGAUUUUACGAUUGAGACAGCCCUUAAAAUGCCAGCCUCCCCGAUCAGUGCCCUGACUACUGAACGAGGGAGCUGAUUGAGACACACCCCUUGUAUUUACAGCUUCUGAAAAGCGUAUCGAUUUCAGGAUUGUGUUCAAGAAUUCAAAUCAAAAUGGUUAGGCAUAGCAAGUGAAUGAGAUGGAGGCAAUGUUUUAAUCGGUCUGCACGGAAUUGUGGGUGCUAACAGAUGCUUAGCUGUAGGCUUGGUAUUUAGGAAUGACAACACAGGCAUAUUUACAACAACCAUGUAUACAGGAAUAUUCUGAUGCCUGAACACAUCUAAACACUGUAUUGGGAAUAUGGCUGCAACCCAAAUAUAGACUUUAAAUGGAAUUUGAUGUGCAUGUAAAUGUCACCACUGAUGUUAAGUGAAACUGUGGAACUGUGCUAACUGGUCUUUGAGCAAAGGCCUGCACCAUCCAUUAAUCAGUGCAACACACAGCACCUGCCACUGAUUCCUUUUUAAUCACACCUGCUUCCAAUCAGCAAGAUGAGCAGCCACGUUCAUACCUUAGUAAGAGUUAUUGUUUGCCUCACACAUAAAAAUUCAGUAUGGGCUUUUAAAAAUAAUUAAAAAAACAUCAAAUCUAAAGAAGCACACUGAGGAGCCUUGAGGUCAGGAUGAUGUAAGAACCAGGAUCUUCGGUGGCUUAAUUCCUCUGGGAGGAAAAGACGGAUUAGGGAGAAGUAGAGCAAGGUGACAGAGGACCAUGCACACACUCUCUUGUCCACUGGAUGCGAGAUAGCUGCAAUGCCCUUUGCUAUUUAAAAGAAUAUACUAAUUUAUCUCCUACUCGAGCCCUUCAUUUCUUAUUGAGGAGUACAGCGUGCCUCAGCUGUAUUCACAAACUGAAAGUUUGAGAUCCAUUAAAGGACUACUUCCGUUUUCUGACCUCUCUUGCUGUCUAAAGGGUGCCCACUGAUGGAGAGAAGAAGGAGAGAUUUUGGAGAAAAUCAAGACAGAACCAGAGAGUGAGAAAGAAACUGAGAAGAAUCUGCUGAACAGGCAGCACUGGGAAUACGGCCCUUGGAGAUUUUGAGCGUGCUACUCUACAGUCUGUUACAUAAUCUCCCAUUGGAGAAGGAACACACUGUUUUGCCAGCUAUCCUACCCAAUAUUAACCUCUGUUUAUACAAUUGACCAUUUUAUCAGGAUUUAAUCUAUUCAUUUGUGGUAGGAUGACGAGGGAGACCAGGUCUUCAUGGUGGCCCCUAUGGCUCUUGGCCUUAAUGGGGUACUUUCCUUCUGCAGAGGCCCUGGAGUUUGGGGGAGCACCAGGUCAAUGGGCUCGCUAUGCCCGCUGGGAGGCAGGCUCGAUCGGAGAGCUAAGCUUCAGUCUGAAGACCAAUGUGAGCAAGGCUCUCGUACUGUACCUGGAUGAUGGAGGCAACUGCGACUUUCUAGAGCUCCUGAUCGCAGAGGGACAUCUGAAGCUGCGUUUUGCCAUCCACUGCGCUGAGCCAGCCACGAUUCACAUGGAGACUCGCGUCAGUGACGACCGCUGGCACAUGGUCCUCCUCACACGCAACUAUCGCGAGACCAUGCUUAUGGUGGAUGGCGAGACCAAGGUGGCGGAGGUCCGCUCUAAGCGCAGGGAGAUGGCCGUGGUCAGCGACCUAUUUGUGGGAGGAAUUCCACCGGAUGUUCGCCUGUCUGCCCUCACCUCCAGCACGGUGAAGUACGAGCCUCCGUUCCUGGGCCUUAUUUCCAACUUGAAGGUGGGCGAGAUGCCUCCUACUCUGCUCAACAGCCAAGGAAUUCAGAGCGACCUGGAGUACUUGUGUACCAAGCAGAACCCAUGUCUCAAUGGAGGAUUCUGUGUUGUCCAGUUUGGAGAGGUGCAUUGUGAUUGCUCUCACACGCGCUUUAGGGGGAAAUACUGCAAGGAAGAAGAUUACCCCGUGGAAGGUCUGGCGCACCUGACGUUAAACAGCCAAGGUGAUUCAUCCCAAGCGGCAGGUAAAGAAGAAUCGGUGGCGACGUUCAAAGGCAACGAGUUUUUCUGCUAUGACCUGUCCAUGACCCCCAUCCAGAGCAGCACGGAUGAGAUCACGCUGUCCUUCCGAACCCUGCAGCGAAAUGGCCUCAUGCUCCACACGGGCAAAUCUGCCGAUUACGUGAACCUGUCGCUGAAGAGCGGCGCCGUCUGGCUCGUCAUCAACCUCGGUUCCGGCGCCUUCGAGGCACUCGUCGAACCCGUCAACGGCAAGUUUAACGACAACGCCUGGCACGACGUCAAGGUCACGCGAAACCUGCGGCAGCACUCAGGCAUUGGACACGCUAUGGUGACCAUAUCAGUGGAUGGCAUUUUGACCACCACUGGUUACACACAGGAGGACUAUACCAUGUUGGGCUCAGAUGAUUUCUUCUACAUUGGUGGGAGUCCUAACACCGCUGACCUUCCAGGAUCACCAGUCAGCAACAACUUCAUGGGCUGCCUUAAAGACGUUGUAUACAAGAACAACGAUUUCAAGCUGGAGCUGUCCCGGUUGGCCAUCGAGCACGACCCAAAGAUCAGUCUCCACGGUGACCUGGUGUUCCGCUGCGAGGACGUAGCAGCGCUCGACCCCGUGACCUUCGAGACACCCGAGUCGUACAUUGCACUCCCGCGCUGGGACACCAAAAAGACGAGUUCCAUCUCUUUCGACUUCCGGACGACAGAACCCAGCGGCCUGCUUCUCUUCAGCCACGGCAAGCCACAGGGCAACAAAGAGCAACGCCACGGGCGUGAGCUAAAGACGGACUACUUUGCCAUGGAGCUGCUGGAUGGCUUCUUGUACCUGCUCAUGGACAUGGGCUCUGGUAGCAUCAAGCUCAAAGCCAGCAAUAAGAAGGUCAACGAUGGGGAGUGGUGUCAUGUCGACUUUCAGCGGGAGGGGAGAAAAGGUUCCAUUUCGGUGAACAGCCGCACCAUGCCCUUUAACUCCAACGAGGGCAGUGAGAUUCUCGAUCUGGACAGCGAUAUGUAUCUAGGUGGGCUUCCCGAGUCUCGCCAGGACCUCAUCCUUCCCCCCGAGGUGUGGACGGCGUUGCUCAACUACGGUUACGUGGGCUGCGUGCGAGACCUCUUUAUUGACGGAAAGAGCCGUGAUGUCCGCCGCUUGGCCGAGAUCCAGAGCGCUCCAGGGGUCAGCAGCUUCUGCACCAGGGAGCUCCAGAAGAGGUGCAGUAGCACCCCGUGUGGAAACGGAGGACUCUGCAAGGAGGGCUGGAACCGUUAUAUCUGUGACUGCACAGGCACCGGAUACCUGGGCAGCAACUGCGAGAUAGAGGCCACCGUGUUGAGCUAUGACGGCAGCAUGUAUCUGAAGAUCAUCAUGCCGAGCACCAUGCACACCGAGGCAGAGGACCUGGCCCUGCGCUUCAUGUCCCAGCGAGCCUACGGCCUCCUGGUGGCCACCACCUCCAAAGAGUCUGCAGAUACGCUCCGUCUGGAGCUGGACGGUGGACGGGUCAAGCUCACCGUCAAUCUGGAUUGUAUCAGGAUAGACUGUAACCUCAGUAAAGGUCCUGAAACUCUGUAUGCUGGUCAGAAGCUCAACGACAAUGAAUGGCAUUCAGUAAAAGUGGUGCGCAGAGGCAAGAAUCUGCAGCUCUCUGUGGACAAUGUCACCACUGAAGGUCAGAUGACCGGAGCCCACACCCGCCUAGAGUUCCACAACAUUGAGACAGGCAUCAUGACAGAAAGACAGUUCAUCUCUGUUGUCCCAUCCAACUUCGUCGGCCACCUACAGGGACUGACGGUCAAUGGUGUGCCCUACCUUGACCAGUGCAAGAACGGUGAUAUCUCCUACUGCGAGCUCAACGCCCGCUUCGGCAUGCGCCACAUCAUUGCUGACCCUGUAACCUUCAGGAGCAAAGGAAGUUACCUGGCGCUGGCUACGCUGCAGGCAUACGCCUCCAUGCACCUGUUCUUCCAGUUUAAGACCACCAGCUCUGAUGGCCUGAUCCUCUACAACAGUGGAGAUGGAAGUGAUUUCAUUGUGGUGGAGCUGGUUAAAGGGUAUAUCCACUACGUCUUCGACCUGGGCAAUGGACCCUCUCUGAUGAAAGGCAACUCAGACAAGCCGCUGAAUGACAACCAGUGGCACAACGUGGUGGUUUCCCGUGACACUAACAACAUGCACACACUGAAAAUCGACUCCCACACCGUCACCCAGCACUCCAAUGGAGCCCGCAAUCUGGACCUUAAAGGAGAGCUGUAUAUAGGUGGUGUCGGGAAGACGAUGUAUAACAGUCUGCCCAAGCUGAUUGCGUCCCGGGAUGGCUACCAGGGCUGCCUGGCGUCCGUGGACCUGAACGGGAGGCUCCCAGACCUGAUUGCAGACGCCCUCCACAGGGUGGGCCAGGUGGACCGAGGAUGCGACGGACCCAGUACCACCUGCACGGAGGACUCCUGCCAUAAUCAGGGGGUGUGUCUGCAGCAGUGGGAGGGCUUCUCAUGCGACUGUAGCAUGACGUCCUAUGGAGGCUCGUACUGCAGCGAUCCUGGGACUACCUACAUCUUUGGCCGUGGAGGAGCCCUCAUCACCUACACAUGGCCUCCCAAUGACAGGCCUAGUACACGGGCAGACCGACUGGCUGUAGGUUUUAGCACACAACUUAAAGAGGCCGUGCUGCUACGGGUGGAGAGCGCCAAAGGACUGGGAGACUACCUAGAGCUACACAUAGAGCGGGGGAAGAUCGGCGUCAUCUUCAACGUGGGAACGGACGACAUCGCGAUCGAGGAGAAUGGAGUGGUGGUGAGCGAUGGCAAAUAUCACGUGGUGCGCUUUACUAGAAGCGGCGGCAACGCUACACUGCAGGUGGACAACCAGCCCGUCAUCGAACGCUUCCCAUCAGGGAACUUUGAUAAUGAGCGCCUGGCUAUUGCCAGACAAAGAAUCCCAUACAGACUUGGUCGGGUAGUAGACGAGUGGCUACUCGACAAAGGUCGGCAGUUGACAAUCUUUAACAGCCAGGCAUUCAUAAAAAUUGGCGGUGGUGAAAAAGGCCGCAACUUCCAGGGUCAGAUCUCGGGCCUGUACUACAACGGCCUGCAGGUCCUAAAGCUAGCGGCGGAGGGAGACCCGAAUGUGCAAGUGCAGGGCAACCUGCGUCUGGUGGGCGAAGUGCCCUCGGUCCUCACCACAGACACCACGUCCACCACGCCGCUUGCAGACAUGUCCACCACUAUUAUGGAGACCACCACCACCAUGGCCACCACCACCACCCGCAAGCAGCGCUCACCCACCAUGAGAGACACUGUCACACAGAACACAGAUGAUCUGCUAGUAGCAUCAGCAGAAUGCCCUAGUGAUGAUGAGGAUUUAGAGGAGUGCGAGCCUGGCGGAGGUGAAUUAGUGUUGCCCAUAAUAACCGUGGAUUCCCUAGAUCCCCCUUCAGUCGCAACAAGGUACCCAGUUAUCCCUCCACCCCCUACCUACCAUCCCUUCCUCACACUGCUUGAGACCACAAAAGAGUCCAUGUCCCCUUCCAAUGGCCACGUGCCAUGUCCAAUGGACCAAGAGGACUGUGAGGAGGCCAUGGAGGUCUCGGCUUAUGGUUCGGGCGAGAUGACCGAGUCAGAUGACGAGGACUAUUACAAAAACUCCCCCCUCGUCACAGAUCGAACCGUGCUUCCGCCUCCUCCGGCGGUAGCCGAAAACCCACGUGGCGAUCGCCACUUUUCUCGGCAUCCUCCCAACUCCCAGCGGCCCCUGCUUCCAUCCACCCCUACGACCUCGCCGCGACUCAAACCCAAUAUCAACAGUGGCCCUAAUAUUCCAGCGGGCAAAAUGAACACCCGAGAUCAAGUGCUCCUGCCACCCGUCCAGCCUUCUGGGGAUCCCGAACAUGGCGGGCGGCACAGGCACAUUCCUGGUGUAACCAACUCUCCCAAUUUUCCUACCGCAGAGCCUUCAUCUCCUGACCGAGGCCCCCCAGGAGCAGUGGAGGUGAUCCGGGAGUCCAGCAGCACCACAGGGAUGGUGGUGGGGAUCGUCGCGGCAGCUGCCUUGUGCAUCCUCAUCCUCCUGUACGCCAUGUACAAAUAUCGGAACCGAGAUGAAGGAUCUUAUCAAGUGGACCAGAGCCGCAACUACAUCAGUAAUUCAGCCACACAGAGCAAUGGGACACUGGUGAAGGAGAAGCAGUCCGGUACAACCAAAACAGGCACCAAGAGCAAGAAGAACAAAGACAAGGAAUAUUACGUCUGAGCUCAGGCCUGACAGGGACAGAGACAGAACACAGAGAGAGAGAGAGAGAGAGAGAGAGAGAGAGAGCGAAAGAUAGAGAGAGGGAGGUGGAAUACUGAGGGAACAGGGACGGUGAAAGUUCUAGGUUUUGUUGGCAAUCAUAUUUCUUGUUCACCCUUCCCAACUGUUGUUUCCAUUCCCAAACAAGCUCUAUGAAAUAACAGAGAUAGAGAGACAAAACACAUGAGGUUGAGAUUGCUUUCUUUCCUUCGACUUUUUGAUAAAUAUUCCUCAUAACUUUUGUACUGUUGGGUAAAUGCACAGUGGAUUUGUUCCGUUGUAACCAUUCUACACUCUUGCUUGCUUGUUGUAAAUACUGUUAUUCGUGGGUAUUCAGGAUCUUCAGGAUCACCUAACCUAUUGUUGCAACACCAGUAUGUGCCAAGCCUAUACUGGAAGAUUCCUUCUUUAUGAAGACGUUCAGAAAGGCUAGCUAUACGUGAAGUAUUAUGAGCACUGCUCAAAAACCAACCGAGUGUUGGACAAAUAGAAGGGAAAAAAGUAAACAUGAAUGUUGGUGAUAUUUGAGAGACAAUGAAGAUCAAAUAGUCGUGCCAGUCCAAAUUACUGCCAAACCAUCUCAGUGUCAAAUCUGCCUCCCUUUCUGUUCCAAGUAUUCAUGUCUUAUUUCUCUCUUCUCAUUCAAUCUCUCUCUCUUCUCAUUCAAUCUCUCUCUCUCUCUCCCUGUUUGGCUUGUACUCUUAAAUUCCUCUCCUUGUCUUCGGUGCUCAGGAGCUGAUGCAACAUAACUUCUGCUGUGUUUCAAGCAUGUAGUAUUCCUUAAUGAAAAAGAGACAAUAACCUGUUGAGUUUCUGUGGAGUUUAAAAAAGUAUAAUCAAAAAAGUCGCAACAAGAUUAACCAUGGAAAUUUGAGAACUCGACAUCCGCGGUUGCCGCUUAGCCACCGAAACGCUCUGAGGCCAAACUCUUGGUUGUCCUUCAUUCCAGCAGAUAUCCGCCACUUGUUUUUGGGGUUUGAUGUUGAGCCCUAUCAAAGGUUAUGAAAUCAUAUAUGAAAAACCAGAAAAAAAAGAACAUCUCACAGCAGCAAAAUGACUUUGUUCCCUAGAAAUAUAUAUAUACACGUGUAUAGACGACUGAGUAACUCAAGGACAACCUCAUGGAAAGGGAGUUGUUAGAUAAUAUCCGUCCCCUGCUUUGAGGUGAUAACAGGUCGUCAGUGUGAGUCAGUUUCCUUCUUUACCUUGUGCAUUUCUGGAACAAGCCACAAUGCAACAUGUCCAUGAAAAGAAAAAAAAAAACAAAAAAAAAAGAAAAACUACGGCCAUAAAGGACACGCUGAAUCUAUGGACCAGAGUGCUUUUUUUCAUCUUUCUUUUACAUUUUGUCAUAAACAAAAUGGGAAAAGACUUUUAUAGGAAAAUGUGCCGCAAGUCCCUGGUGUUUUGGCAUCAGGGAAUGCGAAAGUUCAUAGCAGGUGACCAUGUUCUCAAUUCUGCUGCUGCAGCAAGUAGCAAGCAAAGAUGGAAAGACUGUAUCAGUGUGAACUAUAAAAAAAAAAAAAAAAACACUUGGAGGAAAGUGGAAGUCUCAUUCUAUGAGGAUGUACAACUUGAACUUUAGUAUUCCAAUAUUCUCAGCUCUACUACAAGAACUAUGAAAAGAGAAAAUCUUCAAAAAAAAAAAAAGGAAAAAAAAGUUUGUGAAAUGUCUAAAUAUUUGAAAUUCAUCCCACUGCUACGAUUAAAAAAAAAAAAAAAAAAAAAAGUUUUCCCUACUUACAACCGCUGUUUGGAGAAAAAAAAAAUUAUAAUGAUCAGUGAUCUUGGGAAGUAAAUUUUAUUUGUUGAACAAAGUUAAAUCUGGUUUACAACACAAACAUUACAUUGCUAAAUUCCUCUGCAUUACAAUGUUUUUCAUUUAGAAUAUUUUUUAAUCCAUCAUCCAACAUGGCAGACCUUCAUGGUUCCACCAAACUUUUUCUUCUUCAAAGCAUCGUGUGAGUGUGCGUGUAUACGAGUGUGUGUGUGUGCGCGCGUCACCGCUCAUGUUUUUUCUCUCAUUUUUUAAAUUUUACACCAUCACCAGAUAACCCACCCAACCCCUCAACCCUGAGUGCCCCCUGUUCUUUCUAAAUGUUCUUGUAAAGUGUUCCAGUGAGAUGACUCUAAAUAUGUGUAUAUUAACAGAAGGGAAUAAAAUUGGUUAUAUACUUCUUA